AGAGUCAAAUCGACUACGCGAACAGAAUUUGGCCCUUUCCGCCUUCAGGUUGCUGAAUUUUGUCUAAACUAGGUUUAGAUUUUUUACUACCUACACCCUAUCCUCAUUGGAUCGUUUUUCUGCUUUUCUUUAUUCUUACGAAAGAAAGACCAGAACACUUCCUAGCAUCAAAAUGUCGAACCCGACCGUUGUCUUCGAUACCACGGAGGGCCAGUUCGAGGCCGAAAUCUUCGUUUCCGAGAUGCCGGUGACCGCGUCCAACUUUCUGGACCUGUGCGAAAUAUCCUCUGCAAAAGUAUCGUACUCGUAGUAAUUGCAGUUAUGCUACACAAAUCUCCUUCUCAAGGCAAAUCUGCAUUACAAAUUCAAUCUGUAAUGCUAAGCCAAAUUGUAUUGCAAUUCAUAGAUACUAGUCCGAUAAUUUUGCAAUCCAUACGAAACGGGAUUCUACAACGGCAUCCACUUCCACCGCGUCAUCCCUUCGUUCAUGAACCAGUUCGGCUGCCCCUUCGCCAAGAACCCGAAGGCCCCGAACGCCGGAACCGGGGGCCCGCCGCCGGGCUCCAAGUUUACCAUCCGUGACGGAACGGGCAAGGUAUUACAAUUGAAAUAAGGAUUUUUUUAUACUCCCUUUUAACUAGCUUGUGUGCGAUGUUUCGGUUUCUCAGAUGAACGAUGCAGGGCACGGGUUUCCCUGCUCUCGCGCAUGAAGAUUUCUCAGACAGUCUGACAGGAGAUGUUGACAGGCGUUCUUCUUAGAACUUGUUUCGCAUGGUGAAGAUCGAUGUUGUUGAGCAGCGGCACGACCGGAGUCAAUCUGUGUUGCAAUAAAACACUAUGAAUGGGACCACAUUAAAAAUUACCUAUAAAAAUCCGUACUAGGUCGUCCAGCGCGACAACCGUGAGGGGUGCAUCCCGGACGAAUUCGCUGCCAAAAUCACCAACGCUCCGGGCACGCUGUCCAUGGCCAACACCGGUUCGCCGAACAGCGGCGGUUCCCAGUUUUUCAUCAACGUGGCGGAUAACAUAUCCUGUGCAAAAGUAUCGUACUCGUAGUAAUGGCAGUCAUGCAUUACAAAUCUCGAUAUCAAGGCAAAACAGCAUGACAAACUCCAUUUCUCAUGCAGAGUGAAUUUGUAAUGCGAUUUCUACUAGUACGAUGCUUUUGCAAUGCAUACAACAGCUUUCUGGACUUCUUUAGCCCGGGAGAGUCCAAGCACCCGGUGUUCGGCCGCAUCACCAAGGGGAUGGACUUGGUCACGAAAAUCUCCCAGGUCCAGACCCGCGACGACUGCCCGGUCAAGCCGAUCAUGAUGAAGUCGAUCACGAUCAAGUAAACGGAUCACACUGUGCGCUUGAUAGUGACGUCUGCUCUGCUUGUAGAAGUUCUCUUCUGCUGCGGGAAGGAUUUUCAACAAAAAUCCUUCUGGAAUGCAGUGCGUUGACGCUUGCAGUUUGCUGAAGUACUUAUGCCUAUCAGACGAGUCAGUAGUUGUAGUUUCACCAAUCUGAUCGCUUACGAUCUUCAUGAUUUUCACUGCAGAUUGAGAGUAGAGAUGAUUUUCACUGCAGAUUGAGAUACGUAUUUCAGGCUUUGAGUAUGCUUUCCGGCUCUUGACUAUGCAUGAAAAAAAGUUUACUAUUUUCGAAGAACCAAUUUCGGAUUUCGGGGACGGAAUCGGUUAUCACGUUUUAGAGUGGUCAGACCGACCCCCGGACAGCCUGGCAAACGACAGCAGCGGAAGCUCUAUCCGCAACACUAGAGAUGACGUUCCGUUUACGGUUACGAAUCAAUGAAAUGCAACACCAUGAUGCCAAAGCUAAU